AUGCCUCCAAAAAAGAAACCCAGUAACCCUGGAGGGCCCAAGCCUGGCACUAAACAGGCUAAGGCUGCGGCAGAGCUCAAAGACAAAAAGCCCGUCGCGCCCGAAGAGCCCAAAAAACCAAGUGUGAAGGAGGUUAUCGGCGGCGCAUCAUGGACAGGCAAAUUACCCGUCAAUAUGCUUUCGGAGCAUUGUCAAAAGCAAAAAUGGGAGAAGCCAGAGUAUAGCAUGAUCAAUACCUCAAAUGGCCAUGUAUCUGCCGUGACGAUGAAACGAGUGGACCCAAAGACUCGCGAAUUGACCGUUUUACCUCCGAUGAAAUUACCCCCGUCACAUAAAGAACUAGCGGCGCAAGCGACGGCGCUUGAGGCUCGUCAUUUCGCUGCAGCGUGGGCGCUUUUUCGUGUGUGCAAUAUGCGCAACAUUCAUAUGAUGAUGCCGCCAAAAUACAAAAAGCUUUGGAAGGAGGACUUUGCUGAAAUUAAGUUGGCAGAAACUCGUGAAGGCAAAGGCUGGCUGUACGAAGCGGAUCCAUUCUUGGCCAAGCAGGAACGGGAGAGUGCGGCCGCGGAUCUGGAAAAGAAGAGGGCUGAACGUGCAAAGGCGCAAGCAAAGGAGAAGGUUUCUUCCACGGACCUUGGCCUUGGAGGCGGUGAUGCCAAGAGCAAACGGAUUUGGUCGCAGGCACCCAAAGUGGAAAUGGGUACUCGGAUCCGACGCGAGAUCGAAGGGCUUCUACGCCAGCACGCAACAUGGAACGCAUAUGGGGUUAAGGUUUCAGAGAAUGAGAGGAAGGCUGCCGUCGAGGAGUUCUCGAAACUCGGAUUCCGUCGAAGCCACGUUGAGGAGGCUGUAGUAGAGUGCAAAGAUCGAGAGGAAGUUCUAGAAUGGCUUUUGGUCUACGUGCCUGAAGACGAUCUUCCUCGAUGGUGUUUGCCCGAGGGAUACUCAGCCGGUGUCAGUCUUGCAGCUGGGGACCUCGCACGAGAAGCGAAGAUCAAGCGCCUUGCUUCUAUUGGCUAUCCUGCAGAUCUGUGCUCACAGGUCCUCGAUGGGAAGGAUGGCGAUGAGCUAGCAGCCGCAGAGUAUCUACAAAGCACAUUGGCUCAUGGAUCUGAGUUUGCAUCUGCUUCAAUUCCAAAGGGAAAUCCAGAAGCAUGGGCCGAAGAACAAGAUACCCUUGAAGCAAUUUUUGGGGAGCGCUACACCCGUAUUUCACCCAGGGUCUGUGAAAUCAAAAGCGAGGCCCCUGAGAUUCCAGAGAACACUUCGUUCCGUUUCCAGGAGCCGUCUUCACACUAUCCUUCAGUCGCUCCAGUUAUAUCUAUUCAAGCUAAAGGGGUCCCGGCUUAUAUUCGGCUCAGCGCCAUUCGCCGAGCAGUGCAGUAUGCUGAGGAGAAAUUCUCUGGCGAAUCUAUGAUCUUCAACAUUAUGGAUUGGUUAGAAGUGAACCUACCUGAGAUUAUGGAGAACCCAGGCAGGUUACGUGAGAUUUCUGCGGUAACGGCUUCACCAGCCGUGGACACCCACGAGAUUCCUGUUCGCAGCUCUCGCAAACAGCGCCGAGGCAUUGACUGGAAAGCCAACUCACCCGCCAGCAUCGCAAUGCUGGAAGCCUGGGAAGGCAAGCAGGACAGCGCUGCACAGGUGACAAUGACUCGUAAGAGACAGUCACUACCUGCCUGGAACACCCAAUAUGCCAUUAUUGAAGCUGUCAAUUCGCAUCAGGUUACCAUCAUCUCUGGUGAAACGGGCAGUGGUAAAAGUACACAGUCUGUACAAUUCAUCCUUGAUGAUAUGAUUCAGCGAGGCUUGGGAGGUGCUGCGAACAUCAUUUGCACGCAGCCCCGCCGUAUCUCAGCUUUGGGUCUUGCUGAUCGAGUGAGUGAUGAGCGGUGCUCAACCGUCGGUGACGAGGUAGGAUAUGUGAUCCGCGGCGAAUCAAAGGCCAAGCAGGGCGCAACAAAGAUCACAUUUGUGACGACUGGUGUUUUGCUCCGCCGUAUCCAAUCCGGUGGCAAUGCCGACGGGAAUGUCGCUAGUUCUUUGGCGGACGUCUCGCAUGUGGUAGUCGAUGAAGUGCACGAGCGAAGUCUCGACACUGACUUCCUUCUCGCCCUGCUGCGGGAUGUUCUGCGACACCGCAAAGAUCUAAAGGUUAUUCUCAUGAGUGCCACGCUAGACGCAAAUAUCUUCAUGAACUACUUUGGCGGACCGAAAUCAGUCGGUCUCGUAAACAUUCCUGGAAGAACCUUCCCGGUUGAAGAUUACUAUUUGGAUGAUGUCAUUCGGUAUACUGGAUUCGCCCCUGAGCUCAAUGAAAUGGACGAGGAGGACCCAGAACCCCCACGGGACGAAGGAUCACUGGGUAAAACCUUGCGCAGUGUUGGAAUGGGCAUCAACUAUGACUUGAUCGCAUCUACCGUGCAAUUCAUUGAUGCUGAAUUGGGAGACCACCCAGGAGGAAUCUUGAUUUUCCUGCCGGGAACCAUGGAGAUUGAACGAUGCCUAACAGCUAUCAAGAGACUUCCUAAUAUGCACCCACUACCGUUGCAUGCAUCUUUGCUUCCAGCGGAGCAGCGCCGUGUGUUCCAAAGUCCACCCAGGGGCAAGAGAAAGGUCAUUGCGGCCACCAAUGUGGCAGAAACAUCCAUCACCAUCGAGGAUGUUGUCGCUGUCAUCGACACCGGCCGGGUCAAAGAAACAAGCUACGAUCCUAAGGACAACAUGGUUCGACUCCAAGAGGUCUGGGCAUCGCAGGCAGCUUGUAAACAGCGCCGUGGUCGUGCAGGUCGUGUCCGUGCAGGAACUUGCUAUAAACUAUACACCCGCAAAGCCGAGUCCAACAUGGCUCAGCGACCAGACCCGGAAAUCCGCCGUGUUCCCCUCGAACAGCUAUGCCUGUCUGUGAAAUCCAUGAAGGGUAUCGACGAUGUCGCCACCUUCCUAGCCAACACAAUCACACCUCCAGAAAGCAUCGCUGUCGAGGGUGCUCUCAACUUCCUACACCGGGUCGGAGCCCUCGAUCACGACCGUCUCACCGCACUGGGCAGGUAUCUUUCUAUGAUCCCAGCAGAUCUCCGCUGUGCCAAGCUUAUGAUCUAUGGCUCCAUCUUCGGCUGCAUGGAACCCUGCCUCACAGUCGCUGCCAUCCUAACAGUCAAAAGCCCGUUCGUGUCCCCGCGUGAAAAACGCGACGAAGCCGACGCCGCAAAAGCCACAUUCUCUCGUCCGGGUGACGGAGACCUUCUUACAGAUCUAUCAGCCUAUCAAUCCUGGUCCGAGCGUGUCCGCACUCAGGGCCAUUGGCAAUCACAGUCGUGGUGCGGUGCAAACUUCUUAUCCCACCAGACUCUCCGUGAUAUCUCGUCCAACCGAGCUCAAUUCGUCACAUCCCUCAAGGACGCCGGUCUUCUUCCAGUGGACUACGCGGAUGGACCCAAUGCGUGGAACCGCAAUGCGUCCAACCGAAACCUCAUCCGCGCGCUCAUCGCAGGUGCCUUCCAGCCACAGGUUGCGCAGAUUUCAUUCCCGGAUAAGAAAUUUGCUAGCUCGGUCACUGGUACUGUUGAGGUUGAUCCGGAUGCUCGGACAAUCAAGUACUUUAACCAAGAAAACGGGCGAGUUUUCAUUCAUCCAAGCUCGAUCCUGUUCUCAGCACAUGGUUAUCCUAGUUCUGCGGCGUAUUUGAGCUAUUUCACGAAGAUGGCAACGAGCAAGGUUUUCAUCCGCGAUCUAACUCCUUUCAACGCAUACUCUUUACUCCUCUUCUGCGGCUCCAUUACCCUCGAUACCAUGGGCCGUGGACUCGUCGUGGACGGCUGGCUCCGACUUCGUGGUUGGGCGAGGAUCGGUGUGCUUGUUUCACGGUUGCGCACAAUGUUGGAUGAGGCUCUUGCUGCGCGGAUUGAUAGCCCGGCUCAAGGUUCGGAUGGUGGGGCGGGAGAUCGGGUGAUCGAAGCUGUCAAAAGGUUAAUUGAGUUUAAUGGGCUAGACCAGUGA